AUGUCUUGCUCUAGGGUCUUCCUACAGAGGGCGCCUCAUUCGGCGAUAAGGCCCAUCCCAUCCCUCUACCGAACACCCUUCCGCACCGCCAACCUCAACCUCACCCUCACUCACAAAGUCGUCCUCCUCCACGCCUACUCUCAGACGACAGGUCGCCCUAUAAAACAGACCCAGUCUACCACCAGUGCUCCACGGGACCAGAAACCCGCCGCGCAGAGCAUCUAUACGCGGCCUGAACCAAACAGGAAAUAUGUCUUCCCCGAAAGGGUCAUUAUUUACCACGCAGGAAGCGGCCGAGUCAUGUAUCUAGCCGUCCUCAAGCUCACAACAAUCUUCCUUGCCGUCCUCUUCUGCGGCAUCCUCGUGCCCUCCUACCUCGCUGACGGGAAACCCACCUGGCAAACCGCAGGCCUCGUCCUCUGCGGCGUCAUCCCCCUCGCCUUCGUAGCCUACACCACCGCCCCCUUCGUCAGCCACAUCGCCAUCCACCUCCCCCCUCCAGCCCGCCACUCCCGCCCUUCCCUCCAGCGCUUCGUCGCUUCUCUUCCCGCCCAGACGCGUCUGGAGUUCACGACGCUUAGCGUCAUUGCUAAGCCGCGCGUGAGCUACUUCACCCUGGGAGACUUGGCGCCCGCGAGGAAGAGGAUGGGGAUCGUGAACUUCCGGCGGGACACGCUGAGGGAGAACCUUCAGAGGAGGUGGUGGAUGUAUAGGGCCGUGGGCGGGUUCAAUGUGCAGGGGAGCAAUCGCGGGGUCAAGGAAGGGUGGAUUUGGGAUGCUGUGAGGGAUAAGGUGAAUAGUGGAGGAGCCAAGGUUUGA